ACCACAAUAACCACUCUGAGUAUGUCUGCGAUCGCCACAAAUGGAAAAGUUCCAGCUGGCGGUUCAUACUUCAUGAUCUCGCGAUCCAUCGGUCCGGAAUUUGGUGGUGCUGUGGGGAUUCUCUUCUAUCUUGGCACUUCAAUGGCAGCUGCUAUGUAUCUGGUUGGAUCUGUUGAAGUCUUUCUGAAAUACGUGUGUCCCCAGGCCUCUCUAUUUGGUGACAUAAGUGACAGCGCCUCCUUGUUUAACAAUACGCGGGUGUAUGGCACAAUCCUCACUUUCCUCGUAAUGGUCUGCGUCUUUAUCGGCAUACGUUUUGUAAGCAAAUUCUCCGUACUCAGUCUGGCAGCUGUACUCUUAUCUAUUUUCUGCAUCUACAUUGGAAUCUUUACUGCCAGUCCUGCCAGAAGUCCCUAUGUGUGCGCCCUUGGGGGUCGCUUGAUUGCUAAGUCAAGGAUACUGGCGAAUGGGACGUUACAGUGCCACAAGAACAUUACUGGUCCUCUUUAUCACCUCUAUUGUGGCCAAAACACUUCUAUUGAUGCAUGUGAAUUUUUUAACGCCAACAAUGUUACCGAAUUUCCCGCCAUUCCAGGUCUCGCCUCUAAUAUGUUUUAUGACAAUGUUCUCACCGCUUAUUAUCGUGAAGCGGGCGAAUCAUACGAUGAUAUUAGCUUCCCACCCAGUGCUGAAUACGGUCAGGCAUCCGCCAUUGCUGACAUUACCACGAGCUUUACCAUCUUGAUCGCUAUUUUCUUCCCCUCAGUCACUGGUCUGAUGGCAGGGUCCAACCGAUCUGGCGAUUUGGCGAAUCCUCAAUUUUCCAUUCCUGUGGGAACGCUUUGUGCUGUCAUGGUCACUAGCUUUGUGUAUCUUUCAACCACCCUGUUCUUCCCUGCUGUUGCCGAUGGUCGUGUUCUUCGAGAUAAAUUUGGGGAAUCGAUGGGCGGUGAAAUGCUUGUUGCGGCACUCGCAUGGCCACAUUCUUGGGUCAUUCGAAUUGGCACCUUACUGGCAAGUAUCGGUGCUGGCCUUCAAUGUCUUACAGGAGCGCCCCGUUUGCUGCAAGCAAUAGCUCAAGACGAAGUUAUUUCCUUCCUCUCCAUCUUCAAGGUGGUUACCAAACGCGGUGAACCGUUACGAGCCCAACUGCUCACCUACGCUAUCAGUCAGGGUGCUGUUUUGAUUGCCUCAAUUGAUGCUAUCACGCCCUUGAUUACCAUGUUCUUCCUUCUCUGCUAUGGAUUUGUCAAUUUGGCCACGGCGUUGAAUGACUACCUCAAGGAGCCCAGCUGGAGACCCCGAUUUAAAUACCAUCAUUGGCUCUUAUCCAGUAUUGGAGUUUGCAUAUGUCUCACUCUAAUGUUCAUCUCCAGUUGGUACUACGCCUUGGCUGCCUUGGCCAUUGCUGGUGGCAUCUACAAGUACAUCGAAUACAUGGGAGCUUCUAAGGAAUGGGGCGAUGCAACCCGAGGACUGCAGUUUACCACGGCAACUCGAGCUAUUCUAGCUUUGGGUACAAAGCCCAUCCACACUAAAAAUUGGCGACCACAACUCCUCGUCUACGUUCCUGUUAGAAACGACCUUUCAGUGGGUGAAUCUAACCUCCUUCAUCUCGUACGGCAAUUAAAGGCUGGCAAAGGUCUAACUCUGGUGACAACCAUUCUUGAGGGGGAUAUCUGUGCCAGAAAGGAUGAUGUAGAGUUGGUAAAAAGUCAGCUGGACGAGCAGCUUGUCAAGUGUCGUGUCAAAGGCCUCGCCAGCGUUAUUGUCGCCCAGUCUGUUGCCGAGGGCAUGAAAAAUAUGGUACAGUCUGCGGGUUUGGGAAAUUUGCGUCACAACACAAUCCUGCUUACUUAUCCGGAGGAUUGGAGGCAAACUGAGGACAAGGAGAAUGCUCCCAUAUUGAGGACAGCGCAAGCCUGCAGUUUGGCCAUUCUAAUGCCUCGAUUCAUUGAGGCUUUUCCUCAAUCAAAGGAUACUGCACUAACUGGAACUGUAGAUCUCUGGUUCAUUGUUCACGACGGUGGCAUUUUGCUCCUCACUGCUUACCUUCUUCUCCGCAAUCGAGUUUGGUGCAAGUGUCGUCUGCGUGUAUUUGUGGUUACUGGCGAACCAGAUACGAAUGGUGUGCUGAAGAAAGUGAUGACGCGAUUUGUGUAUGAUCUACGCAUCUCAGCUGAGGUAGAAAUAGUUGAAAUGUCGAAAACGGAUAUCUCAGCGUAUGCAUUGCAACGAACAGUAGCUGCAGAUCAAAGGAGAGAACUACUUAAGGAGAUGAGGUGUCAGGACGUUGCAUCUAAAACGGACUUACAGACAGUGAUUGACGAGCACUAUGUGGGCGUGCGUGAAAGUGCUGAUGGAGACCUACUUUGCCCCCAAAAACCUGUAAAAAAACCCUCCAUUUUCAAAGUCUUUAUUAGCGGCCCUGCACAAGAUUCUUGUGCUAACACAACAGAGGAACGGAGGGAGUCAAAGGGUAAAACUGAUGCCCAUUUACUAACGCCAGUAAGGGAGGCCAAAAAUGCCCUUGUUGAUGAUAAGACGAAAGGUGACAAAGAGAGGGAGAAGGGCGAGGAGAAUGAAGACGACAGAAAGAGCAUGAAUCAGCACAGUGUAACAUUUGCUGAAGGAGGUGGUCUUAUGAAGAAGAGGAGGGAAUCCCAACAGGGUAGAGGAGAGGACGAUGUCUCGUCAUCGGAGAAUAGUGCUUCAGCAAACCAACGCCUCAAUGAGUACACAUUCUCUCCGUCGGCUCUGCAUGCUGCAAUUGCUGGCGAUGCGGAGUCAGAUAAUCCUGAAAGUCUUCACAGCCCUUCUGGUAAAAAGACUUUAUCACCACGUCGAUUGCAUAGUGCGAAGCGCUUGAAUGAACUGAUUGUUGAACGAUCUGCGGAUGCGGCUGCCGUGCUUAUUAAUCUGCCUGCACUACCAAAAAGUCCAGGCUCAGAAUUCUACUACAUGGAAUAUGUGGAAACGCUUACCGAUGGCUUACAACGCGUCAUACUCAUUCGUGGUUCAGGUCGUGAAGUAAUCACGGCCUUCGCCGAGUAG